UGCAAGCGUUGUCACCACCCCUUUUUGUGUAACAGGUAACUCCAUGUCUUCGACGUCCGAUAUAACGACCACGAGCCCAGAAACUGACUGGAAAUACGUCUCUGAAGGCGGAGCAACGAUCGUUUUCUCCUAUAUCGGUCCUCCCGACCCAGUAUUUGAUGGCAUGGUUCUCAGACUGCGAAAAGUCCCCAACGUUCCAGUCGGCGUACGAGACGACACCGAUUCUUCAGACACGGAUGAAGAAGACGAAGAGGAAGAAGAAGACCCAACGAUCUCAUUUCAACGACAGUGUAUGUCAAGGUUAAUCCCAUCAGUCCAUCUGCCAAGACUUCAAUCCGUCAUCGUUCGUGCGGACCCUGUACGUAGUGUUUCUAUUGAUGACCAGACUGGGGUGUACGUUCAAAGUCAAAGUCAAAGUCAACGGACUACGCCUCGGGAAUUCCAUGGUCCACCCCACAUCCAUUCCAAUCGGUGGUUAAGGACGAUGGCGAAGGCACACGAUUCUGAACGGCCAGAGGGGAGGAAGAAGUCUGGAGGUUUGGAUGUGCAUAAGCAGAAGGGGGUGUUGGCUACGGAUUUGGUGGGUGGAAAGGGGAUUAGUGUGGAGAUCAAGCCCAAAUGGUCUUUCCUCCCCAACCCAACCUACCUUUCUGAAUCGACGCGUCCUAUAAAAUCACAGACGUGUCGAUUUUGUAUGCAUUCCUUCCUUCGUUCUCAAACAUCGUCGGAUGAUGCUCAGGCGCAGGCGCAUCCGCACGCUCAAGGGGAAGUAGCGUUAGGAUAUUGUCCUCUCGAUCUCUUUUCCAACGACGAAUCUCGAGUACGAAAGGCUCUAUACGCGUUAUGGGAUGCAUGGGUCGAGUCGGGAGGGAAAGUCAACAACCUAAAGGUCUUCGUAGAUGGAAAGAUCCUCCGCCCGGACCAGCAACGACUAUUACUUGCUAAAGACGAUGCAGAGACACCUGAAGAGGAUGACAUCCGAGAAACGUUCACGAAAGGACUCAUACCCCUCCUCACUCGUACAUCUGCUUUUCAAACUUUGAAUCGUUUACAGAGGACACUAGACAUGUUAGACGUCGAAGGACUCGGUCAAGCUUGGAAGAUCUACCACCAACAUAGGCUCGGAGUUACUUCCGAGCUACCAGAGCUAGGGUUUGGAAUGGAAGAACCGACGAUCGACGAGUGGAUGGCGUUUAUCGAUCGUUAUCUCGAGCAGUUAAAGACGAAGCCUGCCGAGGUCGAUGGACGAGAGUAUGCGUUCUUACCUGGUCCUUUACCGCCUAGGGAAGGGGAAGGGGAAGGAAAGCUGUCCAGUUAUACGGAACAAGAACUCAGAUCUUACCUCCUUGCCUACCUCCUCUCAGCGACGUUUAAGGACUGUUCAGUGAUUAUCAGGAUACCUUUGUUGGGUGGUGGUGAUGAAGUUGGGAAGGUUGAAGAUACGCCGCCUGAUCCUAAAAGAGUUACGAUAAUUGAUUUGGAUCCCAAGAGUAUGACGAGGCUUAGGAGAUGGGAGCUGUUGGACGCUCAGAUUGUCGAGGGGUAUAGGGAGGUGGAUGCGGGUGCAAGGAAGGUUUGUGUCGAUGCUUGUGCUUGAUUCGGAGAGUUUGUGCUCACCGACAUGAAGACAAACGUACUUGUGAUUCUCUGUAGUUCCCCCCUCCCUCUUGUUAGUUAUUUUGACUCCUGUAACGUUAAGUGAAUAAUUUGAUACCAUCUGAAGUCCCUUUAC